UAUCAUUCGUUUUUCCUUUUUCUUUUUUUUCUUAGUGCAGAAGCCCAUGUGAAGAUGAUGGAAGCUAGGUAAAGCUGCAUAAAAUAGGACAAAUAUACUUGUAUUGUACAUGGAAAUGACCCAUUUGCGAUACUCUCUGGUGGGUACGACCCUAGUGCAUGUGACCCGACAUUUUCGCGGCCGAGAAGGACUGCCCACGUGGUCCCGCUACGCCGCCCCAGCCGUCGAUUGCGCUGCCGCCCUUUCUUUAUUCGGGGGGACUCAUCCCCCACCCACGGCAAGCACACUCGGUUUCGACGCGAAACAUCGUCUGAUGAGACUGCAUCUCUCCCUUAUCAAACACCGACCACUUUGUUUUAUGAUUCAUCCUGAUCUGGAUUCUUAUGGACUUGUGUACUUUUUUGUCAGAUGAUUCGUUACCGAGAGCUACGGGAAAAGAUCGACAAAAAGAAGGCGGCCACCUGUCAAGCAAGAUAGGUGUUCUCAUCCACCCGAUAAUAAGCUACUGUGAGUCGUCUUUCCGGGAUUUGUGCUUUCAGAGAUUUGAGGAAUGUGACUCACCCAGCGUGGCAAUUUCCACUGAGAGAAUGAACAGAGUAAGCAACGAAGCAGAGUGCCACCAGCAGUAAACCAGAGAGAUGAUCCGAGGUGCCAACAGCCUGAUAGGGGCUGUGAACUUUGUGACGUUUUUGAUAUCGAUCCCUAUCCUGGGCGGUGGCAUAUGGCUGAGCGCCAAGGCCAACUCCACCGACUGCCUCCGCUUCCUCCAGUGGCCGCUCAUCAUCAUCGGCGUUGCCAUCAUGGUCAUCUCCCUCAUGGGCUUUGCCGGCGCCUGCUACCGCCUGGCGUGGCUGCUCCGCCUCUACCUCUUCGCCAUGUUCUUCGUCGUCGUGGCGCUCCUUGGCUUCGUCGUCUUCGCCUUCGCCGUCACUGACCGCGGGCACGGCCAGGUCGUCAUGAACCGCGCCUUCCUCGAGUACCAGCUCUCGGAUUACUCCGGUUGGCUCAAGGACCGUGUCUCCGACCCCGGUUACUGGGCCAAGAUCAGCGCCUGCCUCCGCGAAGGUCAUGCGUGCUCCAAAAUGGCAAGAUACGCCCGAGAUCCAACCACAGGAGUGCUCGUACCUGAGUCCCCGGAUAUGUUCUACCGGAGAAAUCUCUCCCCUAUCGAGUCUGGAUGCUGUAAGCCUCCAACUACAUGUGGCUAUGCAUACGCAAAUGAGACAUUCUGGACCUCAGGGGCAGGAAUGAUGGUUAAUGACAUGGACUGCACCAGGUGGAGCAAUGAUCAGCAGUUGCUGUGCUACCAGUGUGACUCAUGUAAGGCUGGGGUUCUUGCAAGCAUCAGGCAUAGCUGGAGGAAGGUCUCAGUGAUUAACAUUGUUGUGCUCGUAAUCCUCGUCAUUGUCUAUGUCAUUGGUUGUGCAGCAUUCAGAAAUGCGAAAAGGGUCGACAAUGAUGAGCCCUUUGGAGAGAACAGAAUUACUAAAGCAAGACCUAGCAGGUUCCAGUUUUAGGAAGUUCUGUGGAAUAGAACUAUUCUGUACAAUACAAACAUAUUGGAAUUUGAGGAAUCUAGUUCAUGUACUGGAAAUUGGUUGUUUGGCCUUAAGGGCCUAAGGACAAAAAGGCUUCAUCAAAUUCCAUUUGGCUUGUUUUGUUCAUAUAAUAGUUGUGUGUGUCUCAGUUUUCUUUUGUGUUCAACACAGUCAAACAAACGACACUGGCUGAUCCUCAUUGUACCUUAGUCCAAAUGGUGUUUUGUUUUACCAGAAUGUAGGAUUUCUUCUGUUGCUUGUA